AUGCCAAUCACCCUCCCGUUCAGCGACCGGAUCUCAGCCUCCGCUAGCAUGCCACGACUCAAUAGCCAAGCAGACGAGGAGGAGUCGCUCAUCCAACGCGGCCAGGAGAAGGCGCGCCGCUUCUGGGACGGUUUCGUCGACUUCGCGCUGCAGGGCAAUAUUCUCGAGAUCGCCUUUGGAUUGAUCCUUGCCGCCUCUUUCACAACUCUGGUCAACAACUUUGUGUCAAACAUCCUGAUGCCUCCUCUCUCCAUUAUCUUUCCCCUGAAUCGCAACCUAGAGGAAAAGUUCGCCGUCUUGAAAGGAGGUCCAAACUACACUCACGAGAGCAAGUACACGACCCUUGAGCGUGCCAAGGAUGACGGCGCUGUCGUGUUGGCUUACGGCUCUUUUCUCAAUCAACUCGCCUCCUUUCUCUGCGUCGGCGUCUCACUCUACGGCCUGGCGCACAUUUAUCAAUUCUUUUCCAGAGAGCCCAUAAUUAAGCAUACCGUUAAGUGCAAGUACUGCCGCAAGCGAAUAAGCGAUAAGGCACUCCGUUGCAUCAACUGCACCAGCUGGCAAGAUGGGCGCGAGGAACGAAUGCAGUGA